UAUGUCAAAAUGACAGAGCUCUGUAGACAGUGAACUGUAGCCACACAAACGAGUCAUUCAAGCGGCUAAUGUGGCACUCGUGCGAAUUUGGCACGCGUGUGAACUCGGAUGCACACCAUUUACAACUAUCACUGAAAAUUCCCUCACCCAAAAAGUUGGCCUGGCCCACGCUUCUUUAUAAAAAUGGAUGUUUAAUAAUAAUUCAUGGUCUGGCUCACCUGAUGAAUGCUGUGGAUCCUGCACAGGUGUGGCAUAUAGGCACGUGUCGAAACAUUCAUUCUCACGUGAGCUAUCCUCACGUCACAUAACUCCAUAAAGCUUAAGCCAUAUAUACUCAUGAGUGCACGACCAAGCGCAUUCGUUACUCUUCUUUUUUUUUUUCUUUCUUAUCCUUACAUCAAACAUCUAUAACUAGCACAUGCCAUGCCUUUCUCAUUGCCAAUGGCCACGAUGAGUGCCACGUCAUUGGACCCCAUCCCUUGUACCCCACCACCCCAAAACCCAGCAAUCUCUUUUAAAACCAUCACUCGCAUUUUAGACACCAACUGCUACAAUUCCCCCCAACAUUUGAAACAAACACACUCGCAAAUCAUCAAAUCAGGCCUCUUCCAAGAUAACUACAUAGCUGGCUCCUUAAUCAAAUGCUACACAGCCUCCAAUUCCAGCUCUUUGGACAUUGCUCUCAGGAUCUUCAACCAGGUCAAAGGUCCUCAUGCCUUCCUUUGGAACUCCAUCAUAAGAGCUUUCUUGGACAAAAAUGCCCCUGAGAAUUCCAUCUUGUUCUACUCCAAGAUGGUGGCAGAACAGUCCAAGCCCAAUAAGUACACAUACCCUUCUCUUCUCAAGGCCUGCACUACUGCUGGAGCUGUUGAGGAAGGUGUGCAAGUGCAUGCCCAUGUCAUAAAGCAUGGGCUUGGUGGGGAUGGAUACAUACAGAGUGCUGGAAUUCAGAUGUAUGCGUCCUUCGGGCGGGUUUCAGAUGCCCGCCGGCUGUUUGAUGAUAGUGGGGCGCCUGACGCUGUCUCUUGGAAUGCGAUGAUUGAUGGGUAUUUCAGAUUUGGUGAUGCUGAUGCUGCUGCAGUGCUUUUUGAGCAGAUGCCGUGCCGGAAUGUUAGUUCUUGGAAUGCGAUGGUUUCUGGGUAUGCAAGGUGUGGGCGGGUUGAGGAUUCUAGGCAGUUGUUUGAUGAAAUGUCUGAGAGAGAUGAGAUUUCUUGGAGUGCAAUGAUCGAUGGUUAUGUGCAGUGUGGGUGCUUCAAGGAGGCGUUGGGUGUCUUUCAUGAGAUGCAGAGGAGAGGAAUUCGGUUAAGGAAGUUUCUGUUUUCGAGUGUGUUGGCAGCGUGCGCGAAUGUGGGGGCGUUGGAUCAAGGUAGAUGGAUCCAUGCGUACAUAGAGAGGAAUUCGAUGAAGUUGGAUGCGGUUUUGGGGACAGCUCUGGUCGAUAUGUAUGCCAAGUGCGGGCGUCUAGAAAUGGCGUUGGAGGUCUUUAAUCAAAUGCAACGGAGAGAAGUCUUUGAAUGGAAUGCUAUGAUUGGUGGGCUUGCCAUGCACGGGCAUGCCAAUGAAGCAAUUGAGCUAUUCUCACGGAUGCAGGCAGAUAUGGUUAGACCAGACAAGAUCACCUUUGUGGGUGUCUUGAGCGCAUGCGCUCAUGCAGGGCUGGUAGAAGAAGGCCAGCAAUACUUCAAUUCUAUGAAACAUGUGUUCGGUGUGGAACCCACGGUGGAGCAUUAUGGUUGUUUGGUCGAUCUCUUAGGCCGGGCCGGGCUCUUAGAUGAGGCUGAAAGUGUCAUACAGAGAAUGUGGAUGAAACCCAAUGCAGCCAUUUGGGGGGCUCUAUUGGGUGCUUGUAGAAUUCAUGGAAAUGUUGAAUUAGGCGAGAGAGUUGGCAAGAUCUUGCUCGAAUUGGAGCCACACAACAGCGGUAGGUACACAUUGUUAUCAAACAUUUAUGCUAAGGCAGGUAGAUGGGAUGAUGUUGCGAAUGUGAGAAAGCUGAUGAAGGCAAGAGGGAUCAAGACAACGCCAGGAAGCAGCUUAAUUGACGUGGACGGCAUCAUACAUGAAUUUGUAAUGGGAGAUGGUUCACACCCACAGAUGAAUGAGAUUCGAUCGAUGUUGGAAGAGAUAGUUGAGAGGCUGAGGUUGGAAGGGUAUGUUCUGAACACCGCCGAAGUCUUGUUCAAUAUCGACGAGGAGGAGAAGGAAAGCGCGCUCUGCCAACACAGUGAGAAGCUUGCUAUUGCAUUUGGGUUCCUUAACACGGCCCCUGGGACAACCAUCCGCAUUGUGAAAAACCUUCGUGUUUGUGAGGAUUGCCACUCUGCGACCAAGCUCAUUUCGCGUGUAUAUGGUCGCGAGAUUGUUGUGAGGGAUCGGGUGCGGUACCAUCGAUUUAAAGACGGGAUGUGUUCAUGCACGGAUUUCUGGUGAAUGUGUUUGAUAGAACCAGCUUCGAAGUGCCCAGAAUUCAAUCUACGAUUCUUUGAUGUUAUUAGAACUGCAAAGAAGGUUAUUUGAAGAGGAUGAAGAAAAUCCACUAAUUUGCCAAUAUGGCACAUGUUUUGCAAGAUCCAAGCCGUUCCGGAGGUGGGGCUAAUCGUGGAUAUUCAUGGGCCCAAGAAACAGGCCGGUCCACUACAUGUGAUGAGAAAAUGGACUGUUAGAAAUGUAUACAUGGGUGGCUACCUAUGAAGUGUACUGGUGUGAUUUUUGGGUUAGGACAUGUUCAUGGCAGGACCCACCUGAUGAACGGCCUGGAUAUGGUGAUCAUGUUCUAUGCUUGCACAUGUGGAUCCUCGAGCAUGCAGAAAUGAACACAAGGGAAGCACGUGGGAGAGAACAACGAUGUCCUUAUAUUUUUCAGAUUUACAUGCCUUCGGCGGGAGCAUUUUGAAAUAUAAUUCUAUUGCGUGAAACAGGGAAGUAUACAACCGCUGUUUUAAACACCCAAGUUCAAUGGGGUCCACCAUGUUUUAUAUGAAAAAUCCACCCCGUCCAUUAGGUGAGAACUGUUAUUUGGACCGUACAUACAGAAUGUUAGCCUGAUUAAAGGUUUAUAUGGGCCACAGCAAUGUGAAUAAUGUAGAAUUGCUCCUAAAGCAUAAGUUCACGCUGUGUGGCCCGCCUGAGUUUUGUAACAGGCUGAUUUUUGUA